AGGAGCACUGCACGGCGGCUGACGGCGGCCACCGGUCGGAGAGCGCGUCCUCGGACAGCGGCGACGGCUUCUUCGCGGCCGGCGGCCCCCCGCUGUCGCAGGCCGCCGAGCAGACGGCGAGCGCCCCUGGCGCCGGCGGCGGGGGCAGCUGCCUGAGCUACGGGUGCGUAGACUUCGACGCCACGCACGCGUGCCAGUGCAACGAGGGCUGCAGGGAGCACGGCUCGUGCUGCCCCGACUACGGCGAGGCGUGCACCGCCGGCGGAGGCGCCGCUGGCGGAGGCGCCGCCGGCGGAGGCGCCGCCGGCGGAGGCGCCGCCGGCGGAGGAGAGGGCCGCCGCCGGCAGCGCCGCCGGCGCCGGCGGCGGCGUUGUCCCCGCAGGAGAUGACCUGCCGUGGGAGUGCUGGAACUACCUGGAGGGGCAGGACGGGGAGUGGUGCAAGCGAGCAGGCACCCAGGAGGGCUUCACCUACGGGUUCUUCGACCAGCCCCCGGAGGGCCCGUGCGGCAGCUGCUGGUGCUGCCGUCGCCCUGCGCCGCUGGUGCAGGCGGCCCCGCCGCCGCCGAGCGGCCUGGCGCCCGACGGCCUGGCCUUCCGCUGAGCCGGGGGCGCGGCCCUCGGCCCGUCGGCGCGCUGCCGCGCCCCGCUGAGCGGCCGGCCCUGCGCCGAGCGGCCGCGGGCGGCCCCUGUGGCAUCCUCCCUCCUCCAUCCAUCCUCGAUCCUCUCUCCCCCGACCACCUGCGCUGCAGCUCAAUUCGCUCCCUGGCGCGGUGCGAAAGAUUGCCGCGCCGGGUCCCCCCUGGCCCCACUCAGACGCAACUCGGGGCCGAUCUCCUACUCGAAUCGCUGCCCCUCACUCAUCGCGCAACUGCCCGCGCAACUGCCCCCACCGCCGUAGGCGGCGGGGGCGCGGAGGACCCCCCCCUUCCGCGCGCGAAUUGGCGGCGCCCCGCCGUGUGUUAUGCCAAUCGGUUGUCGCUCUGCUCGCGCGGGCUGCGGGGCGGUCUGGCCGUGCGGGCGCUGCCGCGGGGCACGCCGUCCCCCGCCGCCCGCUGCGGACACGUCAUUACAACAACAGUGUGCGCAAUUCAGUUGCAGGUGGCAACGACGGGGUCUUAGCGUAGGGCUGGCGUAGACAUUGAAUGAUAUACCAGCCUGCUUCACCAGAAUGGGACUGACUGUGGACGGAUUGCGCCUGGAAUGCAGGCGGGUUGCGUAGGCGGGUAGUAGUGCAGGUGGGCUGCAAACUGCAGGCGGUUUGGCCAGCCCCGUUUUGUAGUGAGACCUUUGAACAUCAUUCAAGACACAUUUGAGCAUGUGCACCGCCUUCCAUCCAUGUAAUUGCUGCAAGCUUUCAAGGUCCGAUUGUAGUUUGUCCAAUGUCGUGGGACUCUAGUUCUAGAGUGUUCACUCGUUUGUGCUUGCAAGAACUUGUAGUCUGCAGACCAGCUCCUGCUGCAAAGACAUGUGUAUUACGCGGUUGGCGGCGGUGAGAA